UUCAUCAGUACCAUGGCAAAGUCGAGUUAUUUUACCACUAGCACCACCAUUGUUGCUUUACUAAUUAUCCUUCUUCCAAAAUCUUAUUCUCAAAUUGCAAAAUCUGAUCAUGAUCUUUUAGAAUUCCCUUUGAAUUUAGAGUAUCUUGAAGCUGAAUUCUUUCUGUAUGGCUCUUUGGGUGUUGGCUUGGAUCACGUUGCACCAAAUCUAACCAAAGGAGGUCCAACACCCAUUGGUGGUCAAUUGGCCACUCUCGACUCCGUUACCAGGGAUGUUAUCUUGCAAUUUGCAUUGCAGGAAGUUGGACAUUUAAGGGCUAUUCAAAGUGUGGUUGAAGGAUUCCCAAGGCCAUUGUUGAAUCUCAGUGCAGCAACAUUUGCAAGUGUCAUAGAUUCUGCAUUUGGGAUAAAGUUGGAUCCACCUUUUAAUCCUUAUUCCAGUACUAUCAACUACCUUAUUGCAUCUUACCUGGUUCCUUAUGUUGGACUCACUGGCUACGUAGGAGCAAAUGCGAAACUCGAAGGUGCCACUUCCAGGCGGCUCGUUGCAGGUCUUCUGGGAGUUGAAUCAGGCCAAGAUGCAGUCAUUCGAGCUUUGCUGUAUGAGCGUGCUCACCAGAUAGUAGAGCCAUAUGGAACUGCAGUGUUUGAGUUCACAAAUAAGAUUUCAGCUCUAAGAAAUAAGCUUGGAGGUGAAGGUGUGAAAGAUGAAGGCCUUUUGAUUCCUCCUGCUGAAGGUGCUGAGGGAAGUAUCACAGGCAAUGUGCUCGCCGGAGAUCCGAACUCAGUUGCUUAUGAAAGGACCCCAGAGGAGAUACUUAGAAUUGUAUAUGGAAGUGGAAGUGAAAAAGUCCCUGGAGGUUUUCAUCCUAAUGGAGGUGAUGGCAAUAUUGCUAAAUCUUAUCUGCAUAAAUGAGUGCUCCAAUUGAGUACUUGAGCUGUUGCGGUUUUAUAUUAUACCAUGCAUGUUUAAGAGUGUA